ACGUUGCCAUGCAGCACGGUCUAUUGUGAGCCCGUAUUGGACUUACCUGGAACAGGAGCGGGGCCGUGACGUCUCUUAAUCCAGAUGAUUGAUUGAUGAAGAUUAAGCCACCCAAGAGGUAGCACGGGCUAUGGGGAGCCCGUAAAUUAUCUAGGUAUACUUGUGGCUUUACAUACACGUAGCAGAGGAGCAGGUGAUGGAGGUGAAGAAGCAAGUCAAGUGGGACUUGCCUCCCGGACCCCGAAGGUCCGAGUGGCAAAACUACUGCAAGAACGACAAUUACAUCAACUGUAGUACCAACAGCAAUGUCAACGACGAAGACGGUGAAUGCCACGGUAAUAACUGUGACGACAGGAGCGGGAGAUGUGACCAACACGACGACAGGAGCAGGAAUGGUGGUCAACUCGACGACCGCCACGACAAAAACCAUCGUCGCCAACUCUCAUAUCAACACAAAAUUCGCAACGAUAAAAACCCCAUAUGCGACGAGCGAGAGUUGGUGGCUGUGUUCGGAUCUUCUGAUUUGACGGCGUCUUGGACAGACGACGACCCCGUGUUGAGAUACCUGAAGCAGCGCUACGGGUCGAGAGACGAAGACGAAGGUCUGGUGGACAGUGCGGACGAGCUGGAGGUGGAGGCCCUGGAGGUGGAGAGGUCUCACGGCAUCAACCACUCUGCCAUAAUUACAGGGUCUCCACGGUUCCGGCGUCGCGUGGAGAGUCAAUGGUCGUCGCUGGUGUCCCGCUGGAGGAACAUUGGAUCGCCGUCACGACAUGUCGUCACGCCCACGCCCGACCACGAGGGCCUGGUGGGCGGCGGCGACCGGGUGCACAUGAUGCGGCCCAAGGACCACCACGCCCACACGCCCACGCCCGCCUCCAGCAGCGGCGGCAGCGGGCCCCUACACGCCCUCCGCAAUAAAUUGAGUCGUGGCAGGUCGCGGGAAACUCGCGCCAUGUCGCUCUGCGAGGUGGACGACGAGUGGGCGCCGCCCAACCGCCAGUGGGUGGACUCGCGGGCGGUGUUGGAGUGGGCGCGACGGUGUGGCGACGAGCACGACGACGAGCAGGACUCUGGCGUCACCGGCAGCGACAACGACGAAGGGUUCCCGCCCGUCAAGUCCUCGUCGUCGUCUGCGUCGUCGUCGUCCAGCGGAGGGUCGUCGUGCCACGACGAGGCCUUUAGCGAGACGUGCAGCGACACGUACGCUGGCAGCGACGGCCAGGGGGACGCCUCGCCUCCUCCCCCCUCCGACGACUACCCCCACACACAAGCUCUCAAACGACACGACUCGAACUCCUCACAACAGCAACAGCAGCAGCAACAACAACAACAGCCUCGCAUUGUUGCAGACCACGUCAUCAAAAUGAACACGCGGGAGCACCCGUCGCCGUCGUCCACGCCGUCUGGAGUGCUGGGACGCCGCUACCAGAAGGCGACACAGCAGCCACAGCCGCCCAAACAGACGCAGCAACGACCGGUCGUGCCCCCGAGACCAGCAGGCGGCCGUACCAGAGUCUCGUCCUGCGUCGAUUCCUGUAUCUGGGAGGAACCGCUGCCGUUAGACCUCAGAGUCUCCUCUCAGACUCCCGCCCACACCGCCGCCCACACCCCCGCCCACCGCACGAGCACGCUGGACCGCCCUCCCAAACACCAGGGACGCACCUCGCCACCCACGCCCGUCACCAUGACCCUAGGGAGAGGGGGCCUGAGGGCGCUGACGGCGGCGACGACAGAGGAACGACGGCGGCUUCAGGGUCUGAGGUCCGCCCCUGAAAAGGCCACCACCCACGAGGGCCCCCAGACGCCGCCCAAGCCGCCCCUUACGCCCACCGCCCACCACAACAAGUCUGCCUCAAGUCAAGACGACGACGACAAUGAUAAGGUGGACGGUCAGCCAAGCUUCUGCACGCUGCCUCGCCAGAAGCGGGAGGUGACCUUCCAGAUCCGGACGGUGGUGUUCGAGAAGGGCCCCGGCCACCGCUCCCUGGGCUUCAGCAUCGUCGGGGGCACAGACUCCCCCAAGGGCUCCAUGGGCAUCUUUGUCAAGACCGUCUUCCCCCAGGGCCAGGCUGCGGCCUCAGGCGCCCUACAGGAAGGCGACGAGAUCCUGGCCAUCAACGGGAAGCCUCUACACGGAAGCUCUCACAAGGACGCCAUCCUCGCCUUUAAGGAGAUCAAACAAGGCAAGGUUGUCCUCCACAUUGGCCGCAGACGCAAGAAGAAGCUGGCAGCUGCCCAGUAGUCGACUCCCUUCUCCACCAAAUUAGAAGCUGUCGUGUUGCUCAUAAAAUCUCACUUAGAGUAAGGCAGCUUUUAUGUACCAUAUAUUGUAAGGUACGGUUGAACCUUCCCCCAUUCCCACACCUUCUCUACCUACUCCCUGCCCAUUCUCUCCUCCCUCUCUCCUCUCCCUUCCUCUCUCCUCCCUCUCUCCUCUCCCUUCCUCUCUCCUCCCUCUCUCCUCUCCCUUCCUCUCUCCUCCCUCUCUCCUCCCUGUCUCCUCCCUCUCUCCUCUCCCUUCCUCUCUCCUCCCUCUCUCCUCUCCCUUCCUCUCUCCUCUCCCUUCCUCUCCUCCCUCCCUCUCCUCCCUCCCUCUCUCCCUCCCUCUUUCAUCAUCAUCAUCAUCAUCAUGGGAACUGCAGUCCUUUAAUUAAAGAAGAAAGAUUAUCAUCAACUUUUUGUGCUCAAUUACCCCUUGUGUUUAGAAUGACUGCACUUACCAUGAAAGAUGUGUACAUAUAUGCGGCACUCAUUUCAAAUUCCUACACAGUGCUUAAACGCUAAAGUUUAAAUACGAGAGGUAUUUUAUGAUGCUUCUCUUCUCCUAAAAGUAACCAUCAUGCACAUAAUUUUUUUUUUCUACUGAGAAUUUGUAUAUAUAUAUAUUUCCAUUUGUUUUUGAUAUAAUAUUUUGUACUUACCACUGAGCUCGUGAAAACUGUGUUCUUCCGUCAGCUGCUUCCCCAGCUUCCUUCCUAGUCCAUAGAGCUCCAGUGGGUCGUGUGUGUAACUUACAGUCUACUUAUUGGUUCUUUGUUUUAAAGGAACAUUUCAUUUUCUGUACAGAUUAUAGGAAAACACAUUUAUUUUAUUUCUAAAUCCAUUACAUGUCCUUGUUGAUAUCAUACAUAGCCAAUGUGAUAUAGAUUGUAAAAAAAGUUUACUCAAUAAACCAUAAUUAAAA